GGUGGCCAGCAUCAAGGCCGGCGUGGGGAUUCCCGCGGCCGUGUUGGCCGAGGAAGAGGCUUCAGCGGGCGAGGCCGUGGCUCUCAUGGGCAUAACGGUCACCAGUCGGUCCCGCAGCCUCAGAACAACUACCAACCACCUCCUCCCUUCGCAACGAACCCACCUCCUGUGCCAGGCCAGUGGCCUUUUCCGAUGCCCCCUGUGCCUCCCCAGUUUGGCGGCUCUGCGCCUUCCAACCCCAACGCACCCAGCACAGGCUACGCGAUGCCCAACUGGGGUGCUACUGGUCAGUCUGUACCGUUCCCCUUCCCACCAGUACCUCCCGUGCCAAACUGGCCCACCCCAACAGCGCAGAGGCCGCCACAGCAGGCAAGCUACUCGCCGCCGACAGGAGGAUACAGCAUGCCCGUGCCAUAUCCUCCAAAUGGGGCAGCGAACGCCUCGGCGCCGCCGCCAAACAAUUACCAGUAUCCCAACUACUAUGGUGGCGGACAAGCCCAGAACAGUCAGUCGCAGCAGCGUUGGGGAUAGGAUGUCCAACGAGCUCUCGAGAUCAUCAGGCUUGUCGCACAGAAGGCACACGGGCGCGAGUCAGUCCUGGAUGACGAGGGUGAUGGCAACGACCAAGAUCGACGAGCUCAUUAGGUGAUGACGGUGUCGAUCUCUCCCCCUUAGUUCUUUACGCGGUGGGACAGCCACAAGAUGUCUCCAAGAGGGGAGGAUAGCUGAGCCAGUCACCCGGGUGGUACAGCAUCAGUUAUGCUGUGUCACUGUGAUAGGGAACAUCAUCCCGCAGAAAAUGCCAUGCACUUAUCGCCACACGGCAUACAGGAUCCAUAGUCUGAGUUACCUGAAAAAGACGACAACUCA